CGUCGGUCGCUAAAACCCUCCCUCUCUCUCGCGCUCGCGCCCUCUGUCGCGAUUGCUUCGGCGGGUUGGGAAUUAGGGUUAGGGUUUUCGGUGGCCGUUGAGACAUUGGGAGAGCGGUGAAGAUGGUGGCGGACAAGGCGAAGAAGACGAAGGUGGAGGAUGAGGCUCCCGAUCACAUCGACGGCGAGCUUGUGCUAUCCAUUGAGAAGCUUCAGGAGAUCCAAGACGAGAUCGAGACGGUGAAUGAGGAGGCAAGUGAGAAGGUCUUGGAGGUGGAACAGAAAUAUAAUGAGAUACGCAGACCUAUCUACAAGAGGCGGACUGAGACUAUUCAAUCUAUUCCAGAUUUCUGGUUAACCGCGUUUCUGAGCCAUCCAGUUCUUGGUGAUCUUCUAAACGAGGAAGACCAAAAGAUCUUCAAAUACUUGGUGUCCUUAGAUGUGGAAGACUCUAAAGAUGUUAAAUCAGGCUACUCCAUUACCUUUAACUUCUCCCCAAAUCCAUAUUUUGAAGAUACAUGCUUGACAAAGACAUAUUCGUUCUUCGACGAAGGAACAACUAACAUAACUGGCACCACGAUUAAGUGGAAGGAGGGAAUGAAUGUUGCAAAUGGUGUUGUUCAUAAAAAGGAAGGGGGUAAGAGACCUUUACUUGAAGAAAGUUUCUUUGCCUGGUUCAGUGAGGCUCAACAGAAAAAUCUCUCAGAAGGGCUCUCUGAUGAGAUGGCUGAGAUAAUAAAGGAAGACUUUUGGCCCAAUCCUUUGAAGUACUUUAACAAUGAAGCUGAUGAGGAAGAUUUUGGUGGAGACGAAUAUGAUGAUGAGAAGGGAACCGACCUUGACGGCGAGGAUGAAUCGGGAGGUGAUGAAGAUGGCGAAGGGGAUGACAGCUAAAUUAAUCACCUGGGUUUGCUUACAAAUGGUUGCAGUAGGAUCAGUGCAUCUUGUGUCUGGACAUCCUCUUCGGCAGGCUACUGACUGUGGAUGUAUUUGAUCAUCCAUAUCCAUGCUACCAACUAGGAGUGGCCGCAGAUUUUAAUUGAUUGAUAUAUAUAGAAAGAGGAGAUAGCAUGUGUCCCCUUUUUUUCCUUCCUUUUUUCCCUCCCUUUUAUAGAGAGCAGUUUGGUAAUUUCCAAGGUAUUUGUGAUGUGCUACUCUUGUUCUUAUCAGGGUAAUCAAUCUAUCAAUAUUUCUUUGUAAGUGGGGAAUAAUUAAGUCCUUUAUAAGGUAGUAGAUUGCCCUUGAUCAGAAUAUUACCAUGCCAGAGGUAUUAUUUCCAUACUUUUAUUUUUUU